CGCCAGACUUCCUCCACGAUGUAUAGUUCGUCAGCUGCGCUCCAAAAGGCCAAACGGCGGACCCACACGCGUCCCGAGCUCUCAGACGAGCAGAAACAAGAAAUAAAAGAGGCUUUCGAGCUGUUUGACACAGACAAGGACGGUGCCAUCGACUACCACGAGCUUAAAGUCGCGAUGCGGGCGUUGGGGUUCGACAUGAAGAAGGCCGAGGUGCUCAAGCUCUUGAGGGACCACGACAAAAACGGCCAGGGCGUGAUGGAGUUUGAAGAUUUUGCGAGAAUAAUGGCGGACCGCAUACUUGCGCGAGACCCUAUGGAUGAGAUACGACGAGCGUUCCAGCUGUUUGACGACGACAACACUGGCAAGAUAUCGUUGAGGAAUUUGCGUCGAGUGGCGAAGGAAAUUGGAGACAGAUUGGAGGAUGACGAGCUACAAGCGAUGAUAGAUGAGUUUGACCUCGACCAGGACGGCGAGAUCAGCGAGCAAGAGUUCUUUGCCAUCAUGACCGACGAGACGAUUUGA